AUGCCCUACUCUGCUCCUAGGAAGGACGAAUCGUUAGUUGCAGGGUUUUCAAAGAUCAUCAAUAGAAUUCAAGGACAGCCCAGUUCCUACAACAAGAAACAGGAUUACACGUUUGGAAAGACCCUAGGUGCCGGAGCAUUUGGUGUAGUUCGUCAGGCUAGAGACAAUGCUACCAAAGAGAAUUAUGCCAUUAAGAUUAUCUUGAAAAAAACUCUAAAUGGAAAUGAGAAGAUGAUUAUGGACGAAAUUGCAGUCUUGAGCAAGCUCCAUCAUAAGCAUAUCGUAGGUUUCAAAGAUUUCUUCGAAAGUAAGGACAAGUUCUUUCUCGUAACUCAAUUGGCUACAGGCGGAGAGUUGUUUGAUAGAAUUAUUGAAAAGACAAAAUUCAAAGAAGCUGACGCUGCUCGUGUCAUUUAUCAAAUACUGAGUGCCACAGAGUAUAUACAUGACAAAGAUAUUGUUCACAGAGACAUUAAGCCCGAGAACGUAUUGUAUCUGACUAGAGAUGAAGAUUCACCAAUUGUCUUGGCAGACUUUGGUGUAGCCAAGCAAUUGCGUACUCCAGACCAAAUUAUAGUCAACCAAGCUGGAUCCUUUGGGUAUGCUGCUCCAGAGGUAUUGGUGGGUGUUGGAUAUGGUAAGCCAUGUGAUAUCUGGUCCAUAGGUAUUAUCACCUAUACCGUAUUAUGCGGAUUUUCCCCUGUUCGGUCAGAAUCGGUUGACAAUUUCCUUGAGGAGGUCACUGCAGAAAGAUGGGUGAUUUUUUACGAACAAUACUGGAAGGAUGUGUCCCUGGAGGCCAGACAGUUUAUUGUAAGCAUGCUUCAAAUUGAUCAAAAUCAAAGACCUACGGCUAAAGAGUUAUUGAAGCAUCCCUGGAUCACGUCCAACCUCAAAGAAGACAGAGGCGCAGACUUGCUGCCUAACUUGCGUGAAGGAUUCAAUGCCAGAUCCAAGUUCAAGCAAGUCAUCGAGAUUGUCAAGAUGCAAAACAGAUUGAAGAACCUCAAGGCAUUGAAUCUGGAGGAUUCAGAGGAAGACGAUUUGGACUACCAUGCCGGUACUAUUUCUCGAUCUGACACCACCCAGUCGCAAGCUAAGACUAGUGCAUUCCACCAAUUGGUCGCCACUGCCCUUGAAAACAAGGAGCGUGUCCAAAGUUUCCACAGACAAGAGAGCCAAGGCAAAUGA